AUGAAUGACGAGUUGAUCAAUAGCGCCGUCUCAUUCUUGAGGGACCCGAAUGUGGCCUCAGCUGCAUUAGCUAAAAAAGUUGAGUUCUUGGAAUCGAAGGGGUUGAAUCAGGAAGAGAUUGAGGAAGCGUUGAAAAGAGUCAACGAAUCUGAUUCAUCGGCCACCAUUACCCCAUCAACUAGCAAUACAACAACUUCCACUACUACUAAUUCACAACAUGCAUCGCAACCACAACCUCAGUUGCCUAUUGAUUACUACAAUGUUGCACCACCCGUACCCGAGAGAUCAUGGAAGGAUUAUUUCAUCAUGGCUUCAGCAACAGUGGGGGUAACUUAUGGGUUGUACCAAGUUGUGACCAAGUACCUUGUACCAUCAAUUAUUCCACCUAGUCAGUCGUCUAUCGAACAAGAUAAGGAAGUUAUCAAUGAAGAAUUUAUCAAGAUAGACAAAAUCUUGGAGCAAUUAACAAAGGAACAAGAAGAGAUUAAAGCUGCUAAUGAGGAGAAGUUGAAGGAUAUUGAUACAGUUAUUGAAAAUAUCAAUGAUUUCCUAGCUAGGUAUAACAAGGACAAAUUCAAUUUUGAUGAUAAUUUGAAAUUGAUGAGAUUGGAGAUUGACAAUUUGAGCAACUCGAUUGAAAAAAAUAUGAAGUUGAACAAAGAAGAUGUCAAUUAUGAGUUGGUUGGGCUCAAGGAUGAAUUGCAAAGUUUAAAAAAUUUAAUCCAAGUUAGAGGAGCCAGCUCAUCUGGUAGUGGGGGUUCUAGUGGUGCUGCUGGAGCUAAUGGAACCUCCGGCAACACUGGUAGAAACAUUGCCCCUGUUUCAUCUAUUCCAUCAGCGAGUGAGAUAUUGAAACGUGCCAAAGCCAAGAAUGAAACACCUCCAGUAGCAACUUCAUCAACCACCUCAUCGGCCUCAACUGCUGAACCUCCUGCAUCCGCAGCACAACCAACAACUAAAAGCUCCUAUUCACAAACAUCGAAAUCAAAAGCGGACGACACUGCCAAUCCAAAAGAGUUGGGUGAACGUAGUGGUGGAUGGUCAGUAGGAAAAGUUAGCUCAGCUGGUAUUCCAGCAUGGCAAAUGAAACAUAGAGAAACUGAACUCAAGGCUGAAUCAAACGAAGAUGCGAACCUCGCAUCAGCCAUCCCAGCUUGGCAAAAGGAACAAGCCAAAUCAGAAGCUGAAAUUGACAACAAGAUCAAGAGUGCAGGUAUACCACCAUGGCAACUACAUUCUGCUGCCAACAACAAGUUAGAUGAUAAAUCAGAAGACAAGAGUAGUAGUGGAAUACCUUCGUGGCAAAGCGCAGCAUCGACCACCAACGUGUAA